AUGGGUAGCAGAAAGUUGACUGAAACGUUCCUACUCAUGAGGAACAAUGCCAUUCAAAAUAGGCAUUUUAUAGGUACAACACAAGUGCGUUCUCCAGAUAAAGUGAAGUUGCUGAAUGGAAUGACUAACAUUGAGCUUGGGCCUUCUAAUUUGGAUGAAGGGUUGCAGGAGUGGGAGAAUAUGGUUAAGUCGAUUAAUUUUGAGUUUAAUGUCGUGCGACAAAAAAUAAAGGAGCUCGUGAGUUUGCACGAUCGGCAUAUAAUGGCAACAACAUUGGAUGAUAACCUGGAUGACGAUCAAGAAAUUGAACUCCAAACAAAAGAACUAACACAGCUCUUUACUCUAUGCCAUCGUCAGUUGUCGCAGCUGGUGACGCUGAAGCGCAGGAUUCAGAUGGACCAUAAAACUCAGCCCGAAAAGCUUAUGUCUAAUGUAAUCUCAUCACUUGCUCGAUCUCUACAGGACCUUUCGCUAAUGUUUAGAAAGGUUCAGUCGCAGUACCUUAAUGAAUUGAAGGCAAGAGAUGAGCGGAUUCGAGGAUACUUAAACAUAACUUUGGGCUCUGAACUGACCGCUGAUGAUGUCGCAGGGUUGGCUGAGUUUGAUCUCCUUGAACCUGCCACCGGUGAUCAAACACAAAUGCUUCUGGCAGAAAAUACAAAAGCAGUGGAACAACGGGAACAGGAGAUCACGCAGAUUGUACGAUCUAUCCAUGAACUAAACGAAAUAUUCCGUGAUGUUGCCCAGCUCGUGGUAGAUCAGGGAACUCUCGUCGACCGAAUAGACUACAACGUUGAACAAACUCAACUGCGUGUCCAAGAGGGUCUUGGCCAGCUGACCAAAGCUGAAGCACACCAAAAACGCGACAAGAAGCUGCUAGUCAUAUUUAUACUGGCCUGCCUUGUCAUGGUUCUCGGCACACUCCUGAUUUUCACCAAAUUUACUUAA